UUCUUUAUUUGUGGAUCAUUUCCCUUGUGUCAUCCAUGCAGUAUUAUUAUUAUUAUGCGUGUUGUAAAAAGCCGAUCCAAUGCUGUAGAGUUGCCUCUGAACACAGCUACAGCGUAGAUUGGUUGCCAGAUGCUAACAAUAGGUGGAUUUAUGAACCUACUCGUAGUCUUCCUGUAGGUAGCCACUCUGUGAUCUCCACCACGACGACUUUUCAAAACUAUUUUCCCAAAGUACCUGUCGUAUAUGCUUCAGGAACGAGAAAAGUUCGUCCAAGUACUGUUGCUGUACCUUUGUCUUUAAGGGACAAGAUCAUGCAAGUUUGUUCUGCAACAGCGUUGAGCUUUGCUAAUGGUGCGUUUAUGGGUGGUAUAUUUGGACUUGUUCAAGGAGGUGUUAGCUCAAAAUCUUUUGGAGGUGCUUGGAAAGAAGCAGUGAUUAGUGGACGAACUUGGGGUGCAAUAUCUGCUUAGUGCGAGGAAGAGAUGACAAAUAUAACAAUGUGGUGGGUG